GCAGCAGUGCGCGUGCGCGGCGGGGGCUGGUGGCCGAUCGCGGCCCAGAGCUGGAGUCAAUAUGGCGGCGGAGCGCAAGACGAAGUUGUCCAAGAACCUGCUGCGCAUGAAGUUCAUGCAAAGGGGACUGGACUCGGAGACCAAGAAACAACUAGAAGAGGAAGAAAAGAAAAUCAUUAGCGAAGAGCACUGGUAUUUGGAUUUGCCAGAGCUUAAAGAAAAAGAGUGUUUCAUAAUAGAAGAGCAGAGUUUCUUGUUAUGUGAAGACCUUCUCUAUGGAAGAAUGUCAUUCAGAGGAUUUAAUCCUGAGGUUGAGAAGUUAAUGCUUCAGAUGAAUGCUAAGAACAAAACAGAAGAAGUUGAAGGUGAAACAGUGGAGCUCGACGUAUCAGAUGAAGAAAUGGCUAGAAGAUAUGAGACCUUGGUGGGGACAAUUGGAAAAAAGUUUGCCAAAAAAAGAGACCGUGCCAACUAUGAAGAAGAUGAAAAUGGACACAUAAAACCAACAGUUAAAGUAAAGAAGAUGUUCUUAAAGCCCCAGGAUUGAAGUGGAUGCUUUGAGACAGAGCUCAGGGGUGCCUCGUGAGAGUUAGCGUGUUGUGGAACUCAUUCUGAAGGCUUCUCUGUAGUUACUCGUAAUGUUUACUUGUAAAGAAAUGGAUGGUUUUGGAAACAUGCCAUUUUUGAAACAGAUAUGUGGUAGAUGUUAUAUAUCCUUUCCUUAAUGGUGUUCAGGAAUCAAUUUUUAGCCCUCAAGCUUCAAAUGUAUAUGGUAUAUGGAUACUUCCUAAAGAUUUUUUGACCUCAAAAUUUUUUUUUAAUGGAACUCUCUAGUCACUGACCUUGAAUUGACACGUAUAAAUUAAACCAAUGUUUAAGUUGCCCUUAUGUUUAUAUUUUACUUUAAAUUAUUCAUUAUGCCAAGCCAAUGUAUACAUUCAUUUUGGAAUCAAACAUAAUGAGGAUUUAUUAUAUAUAAAUUCACCAAGAACAAACAUGCCUCUCCAGCCUGAAGUAUUUGCAUGCUACCGAGUCGUUGUCAGUUUGUGGAAUUACUGGUUUUGUUUAAAGCUUUUACUUAAUAAAAGAAAUUAUAAUAAGUUUUCAUA